UGGUUCAGGAGGCCAAGUGGAUUGGGCUCUAAGUGGAGUCGUCCCGGUGUCUGGUGCAUUUGUGUCUGCAAAAUGUGUUUGUUUCACAUUUGCAGGCCGACCACUGUUUUGUUUGCGGGCACCAGAGCACGCUUUCAAUAAUUAUUCUUGCCUACAUCAUCAGUGGCUUCUCGUCCGCCAACGUUUUCCAUUGUUUGAUGUUCGCGCGCACUCCAUGGCGUGCAGUGGAGGGGGUCGUUUCGUAAGACAUGUCUGCUCGCGCUGCGUUAUCUGCCUCCGCUGCGCGAUACUCCCAUCCAAGGUUCUGCUGCGUAAGCGUUUUCAUGGCUCCGACUCGUCUUUUUUAUAGCCGCCUAGCUGCCUCGCUGUUCUCGUGACUCCCGCAUAUCAGCUCUUCGUCCUGCGUUUUUUUUUUUUUUUUUUUUUAAGGGUUUCUUUCAGUCCCAUGUUCGACGGCGUGUGUUCUCACGUCGCAGCAGUUUCUGUUUCUUUUCUCUUCAAUCACGAACCAACCGGCUUGCGAAGAAAGCUCUCCGGCCAUCGCGCGAGCUUUGCUCGGCGCUGCACGCCUUGCACCGGCGAGUCGUUCGACGAGCCCCGGAUCGCCGCAGGAUUAAGCGGAGGUCGGGCGACGAGAGUCAAACUGGUUUACAAUCGGUGGGACUCUGUAUAGCGAGUCGGCGACAAGAACCAGUGCGACCGACCUGCCGCCCCGGACAGAUCGGCUUAGCCGGCCCCAGAGAGGCAGCAGCAAGCAGCUCGUCGCGAUCUCGUCGUCUGAGCGACGCAAGCGAGCGAGCGAGCGUUCAGCCACAUACGUCAGAGUGCAUUGUCAUCCAGUCAGCUGUUGGAGAUCGCGGGCCUCCCCGUUGACUGCGUCCUGGACGAGUUUUAUUUUAAUUUUUACUCACCGUGUUUUGAAACCACGCGUUUCGAACUCGUACAGCGAGUGGGCGCCGAACGAGAAGCGCAAUGACUUCAUCGCUGCUCAAGAUCGUGCUGCUUCUGGCGCCGGUGUUACUGGCCUACGCUUUCAUAACCUACAUAGAAGUUCGCCUGCCGCUUCCGGGCAAGCGGCCUCCGCCGGGCUCCCCGUGGCCCGCGCCCCAGCGAUGGCAGUCGUGGCCGCUACAGCGGAGCCUGGACCCUGACACGUUUGCCCUGAGCUCGGCAGCUGCCGACUCGUGCGACGUGGUGGCCAAGGCUCUGGCUCGAUACCGCAAACUCGCCUUCCUCGGCGACACCCGAAGAGGAUCUGCAGGAGUAGAGGGUAUCUCGGCCGUCGUCGAUCACGGAGUCCUGCCCGCACUCAGGGUCGAAGUGGCCCACUACCAGGGACAGGAACACUGCGGCUACCCGCAGCACAAGGAGGACGAGAGCUACACACUCAACAUACCCGAGCAGGGAGAUGCAAUGCUUACGUCUCAAACCGUGUGGGGCGCUUUGCGCGGACUUGAAACAUUUACUCAGCUCGUUCACCAAGAUCCUGUCAGCAAAGCGUUUCUUAUCAACGUCACCGUCAUCGAUGAUUUUCCCAGAUUUUCAUACAGAGGUCUGCUGCUCGAUUCAUCAAGGCACUUUCAACCUAUGAAGGUUCUCAAGCAAAACUUGGAUGCCAUGGCCUACAACAAAUUCAACGUCUUCCACUGGCACCUUGUCGACGACCAGUCGUGGCCACUGGAAAUGGCGACGUACCCAAACCUGACACAGAGCGCGUACUCUCCGAGGCACGUGUACAGCCGCAAGGACGUCCAGGACCUCGUCGAGUACGCUCGGCUGCGUGGGAUCCGCGUCAUCCCUGAGAUCGACACUCCGGGACACACGCAAGCCCUGGGAAAGAUAUUCCCCGAUAUCCUGACGGCGUGCUACUCCAACGGCACCCGCGGGAAAGCCGACUAUCCUAAUCACGCUGCAUUUGAGAUGCUCAACCCCACGCAGAACUACACGUACGACGUCAUGAGAAACAUCUUUCGAGAAGUCUUCGAGACUUUCAAAGACAAGUACAUCCACCUGGGCAUGGACGAGGUUUACUAUUCCUGCUGGGAGUCAAGCCCCGAGAUCGCCGAGUUCAUGCGGGAGCAAGGUUUCGACGCCGUCAACCAGGUGGAGCAGUACUACGUCAAGAGAACGCUGGCCAACGUCCAGGCACUCGGCGCCAAGUACAUGAUUUGGCAGGAUCCCAUCGACAACGACGUUAACGCGGCGAACGACACUCUGGUUGGCGUGUGGAAGGACACCUCGCUGGACAGCAAGAUGAAACGCUGGCAAGACUACAUCAAGCCGAUUGCCCGCAAAGGGUACCAAAUGGUACUGUCGGCCUGCUGGUACCUCAAUUACAUCAGCUACGGCGAGGACUGGAAGAAGUUCUACCAGUGCGAUCCGCGCAGCUUCGAAGGCACCGAAGCUGAGAAGGAUUUGGUUGUCGGCGGCGAAGCCUGCAUGUGGGGUGAAUACGUCGAUGGCACAAAUCUGAUUCCCAGGCUGUGGCCUCGCGCUUCGGCAGUCGCAGAGCGUCUCUGGAGUAGCGCUGACGUCAACAACACGGACGACGCCAGUUUCAGGCUGGACCAACAGCGCUGCCGCAUGCUCAGGCGUGGAAUACCGACGCAGCCAAUUUUGAACGGCUACUGCGGCGACUAUGAAUGGGAUCUGGACACCCCGUACCACAUCGAUUAGACGCGAUGACGACCUAGUGAAUAACAUAUCUAAUCACCUAUCAUCCGCUCUUAACGGUUAAGUAAAUGAUUCAAGACAUCGUUACGUGUGCAGGAUGUCGAAGGCCACCUCCCGAAUACUUCCAGUUCUUAUGUUACCAGUGAUACUCUUCAAUCUGGACUCGGAGACGGAAAUCGUUAUAAGGUUGCAAACAAUUAGGCUAUCUUUGACACACAACACGGAAAUGUUUGAAGUAUUUCCCCACAUUUGAUGUGAUAAUAGCCAUUCCUGCUGCCACCAUGUGUUUUUAUCGCCAAAUUCUGAUGACACUACCGAAUUGUGACUGCUGUUUCUAUUGAAAGUUGUCGAACUCUUUGUCGAGGAUGGAGUUAAUAGACCACACAAUUUUAGCAGGUGCAAUGCAGUCCUUGUUUCUGGGUGCUAUGCGGUGAGCUAUAAACCAUGUUCGCAAGCCUUCAGUGGUGUGACUACGAGAGCGCUAAAGUAUAGACAAGAGCGAACGCAAGCUUAAUGCACUUCAACUGCCAAAUUGUGCUCGAAGCGUGGCAUCCCGGCCACAGGCCAAGCAAUGAACAAAUAAUAAACGAAUAAAAUGUUAUGCCGACAUGCUUUCACGCAUCUUGUGCCUAGCACGUAGCGUUUAACGCUCGCUAAACCCCUGGGGUUUCGUAUUAGCGCGAUCUGUACGUUUUCCCACGAGCCAAUAGACUGCACCAGCGACGCAAGCACCACGAUAAACAAGCGGAAGCAGAGCCACUUCAAAGAACUUUUAUCCACUUGUAGUCACCACCACUGUGCGGGAAAAGGCUAAGGAAAAUGAAUGCCUUUUUUUUUUUUUUUGCUCGGUUGAUUGAACGAUAGGCUCUCACAUAAUCACAUUAUUAUCGCCUAUGGUUACGUGCUUUAAUACUGAUAUCGAAAUAAUUUUUGUGCUAGCACGACGAAGCCACUAGGUUACUUGAGUCGCCGUGUAAAGAUAAAAUAAGCGCUUUGAAACCAAUGAUCCGAUACAAGUUUCCAAAGUUUCAAGAUUCUUACAGAGUUAAAUGAGGCACGUAUACAUUAAAGAAUAAUAAUAAUAAACAAAAUAGAAAAUAAAAAAGCUGUAAUUGUUACCUAAAUAGCAGUAUUGGAUAUGCUUUACAUUAAACGUACACAUUCGGGUAAAGGCCGGGAACUGAUCAUGGCAAUCAGCGAAUCGAGCAUGAGAUUACACCACUGUACAACUUUUUUUUUAAUUCAAAGAUUCGCAACAAGGCAUACGUCGUAAAUAUGAUGAACAAAGAGGGGCAUCAAAUAAAGGCUCUCUCUUGCUGCAACACCUGGCUAUCUUGAUAUUAUUCGCGCUGUCAAACAUUCGAACACUGUGUGCAGCUUCAAGCAUUCUUCAUGUUCAGUAUUUAGAGUGGAAGUGCUUUGAAGUGGAUUGAAAAGUUCUUGAAGUGGAAAGGAUUUGCAUAUUUUGUCAGCAGUGACUUAUGCCCUGUAGCCUUCUUUCUAUACCGCUGUUUUAACUAGAAAAAACUCGACUAAUUUCUAUUUUGCUUGUCUGUUUCGCCUCUUCGACUGUCAUUGUUUUUUCUUUUUUACGUAGCUUAUUUCGAACUGACUUAAUUCAUACACAUGGUUAUGGGUACCUUAGUACAUUGUUUACCAUUGCAAACAUUCUUCGUACAUGUCACCUGCACUCAUAUGUUCGUAUGCGGGAUAUGUGUAGGGAUAGUUAUGUUAUGCCUUCGAGAUUCACUACUCGUGUUUUACCCUGUGACGCCGUGACCCAGUCUGGGAACUAUACAUCCUCCUUUAGUCUUGGCUUGUGGACAACUUGUUUUGCCUGAAAAGUGAGUAAAUUGACCCCAAUAAAUUGAUUGAUUGUGCUCAACGUGCAAAACUCGGCACCACAACGAUACACUAUUGAAGUGUUCGCUUUUAGAAUGCUCUACUUUCAACCGUUUUCUAUUUUCUUUUUCUUCCUUUUUUGUUGUUCCUAGGGACUUGCCGCAGGGUACACACGUUUUUUUUUAUUGUUUUUUUUUUUGACCACCCACCAGAAAAGUUGCCUCUGACAGAUCGUGUAAUCGUAAACCGUAAUAUGUAUUCGAAGCGGCGGAUAUUACUCGAGCGAAACGUCGAAAUGUAUAAACUGAAAUAAUAAACUGAAACUGAAAGAAAGGAAGCAAGCCAAAAACAGUGCUGUCGCGAGCGGUUGCACCCUGCGCGAGUCUACAUUGAUUUGAAACGCGCUGUUGCAGCUGAAGCCCGGAAACAACUGAGCACUUCGUAAUGAAAUGCCACUGUAUUCAUCCAGCUAGACGCGUGGGUAACGUCCACCUUCCAAAAGCAUUGGGAUUCAAAGUGGGCAAAAAGAAUAGCUAGGCCAGGAGCGUAAGCAAGCAAGAGAAAUUUAUAUAUGGUAUUGGUGAAAAAAAGAAAAGAAAAAGAUGGGGAUGCACCGAUAGAACCGGAGUCGUUACAGUACACUGUACACCAGAGAUAGAGGUUUUAGUGGAGAGAAAAAAAUCAAAGAGAGAUAAACGAAUUCCAGACUGCUACAUGCAUAUUAUAUUGAUUAGUUCCAGCAGGUUAUGUACCUAACUAUUCGCAGGUUUAACCAAAGCGCAUGCUUUAGACGGAACAGUGAAAUAGGCACAACUUUCUAUAUACGAUCUAUAUCUAUCGUAUAUAAGCUAUCGCCGCACCGUCUCGAAGAGGACGUCAAACGAGAUCAUCAUCAUCUCGGAUCUCACUUGAGCGGCGACAUCGAAUAGGAGCAGAACAAAUGCUUCGCACGCAAACCCGUGCUAUUAAUGCGUAAAGAGCCCCUGUGCAUGCAUGGGUGUGGCUAAGUUUACCUCUGUGGAAUGAUUCGGCAAAUACACUAGAGGAACGACAUCCCUCAAGGCGUGAAAACUACUUCGAAGACGAGGUAUCGCGAUGCACAACAUUCAGUUGAGCGCGGCCACUCCAGUGCGAGGUCCAGCAGCAGCGACGACGCAAAAAACUGCGGCUGUAUCUUUCAAUAAAUUUCUGCCAUCGA